UGUCGGGGUCUCAUAAAAGUGUGGUGGGCUCAGGUUUGCAACGCCCAUCAAGGUGCAUCAUAGAGGGUUAAUCGAUACAGGUGAAGUCAUUGUUUGAGAGUGAUGGCGUCUCUAAAAAGGAAGAACCACGGGCUGGGCCUUGAUAGAAGGGUUCGGCCCCGGAUUGAGCAGGAAUCUGAUCUCGAAGAUAUGGAGCUUUCGAGCGAAGCAUCUCAUUCUCAAGAUGAAUCGGCGAGCGACAGCGCUGGAGAAGCCCGAGGUUCAGAUGAAGAAGACAGCGAGAGCGAAUCAGGAGAGUCCGGAGUGGAUGAGACUCCAGCAAUCGACACAGCUCAGGUGUCCUUCGGAGCCCUGGCGAGGGCGCAAGCCUCAUUGCCAGCUCUGGGGAAGCGUGCCAAGGACUCCGCCUCGACGAGUGAUCCAGCACCAGAGGAGGGUUACAGACAUCCAAAGUGGUCUAAACCGGCAUCGCGGCGAGAGAAGGCCAAACGGUCAAGCAAACACGCGCCAUCCGAGAUGACCAGCAAGAAGCCUGUCUCGCGGAGGCGCGACAUCGUCGAGGUGAACAAGGCGCAGCCGCGGGACCCGCGAUUUGGUCCGCUUGGCGCUCCCGUCGACGAGGUGAAGGCCAGGAAGGCCUAUGCGUUCCUGGACGAGUACCGCGACGACGAGCUGAAGAAGCUGAAGGUCGUCGCCAAGAAGACCAAGGACGCGGCGGCCAAGGAGGAUCUCCAGCGCCAGGUGUUGUCCAUGGAGUCGAAGAAGAAAGCCCAGGACCGCAAGGACCGAGAGCGGGCCGUCAUCGAGGAGCACAGGAAGCAGGAGAAGGAGCUGAUCAAGCAGGGGAAGAAGCCGUUCUAUCUGAAGAAAUCGGAACAGAAGAAGCGGUUGCUGCUGGAUCAGUAUGCGAACAUGAACAAGAAGCAGGUCGACAAGCUGAUCGAGCGGAGGAGGAAGAAGGCGGCAGGCAAGGAGAAGAAGAACCUACCGGAAUUCCGGCGAGGUGCAGAGGCACAAUAAGUUGCCGAGGAGUCCGGGCUAUUAGUGUUGAACUUGCAAAAAAGGAAACUCGGCUUUUCGUCUAUCCUCUAUGCCCUUGCUUGAGCGGUGUUUCCGGGGUUACUUCUGCUAUAUGUACAUGGCCUCAACCUUUCCCAGUAUUCUACACUGACUACAUAGUAGCUAUUAUACAACGGUAUCGUCUACUCAUUUGGAGAUGAGAUCAGUCUUCUUGAG